AGAGUCGUUUUAUCAUUCAACAGCUGCUCAGAUGAAGCCUCUUGCUGGUGGUUUGGAGCCGGGGAGAGUUCCGGAAGGCAUAAAAAGGUUCCAAUGGCAGUUCAUAAGGAAACAAAAUGUCCUGAAGGAUCAACAAGUAAACAUGUAAUUAAUGGAGCUGGAACUUCUCAAGCACAGUGGGGAAGAGCUUGGAAAGUUGACUGGUUUUCCCUGUCAUCUGUCGUCUUUCUGCUCCUGUUUGCACCCUUCAUUGUAUAUUAUCUUAUAAUGUCAUGUGAUCAGUACAAUUGCUCCUUAACUACUCCAGCCAUUGAAUUUUUCACUCGGAAAACCCACCUCAUGAAUAUAUGGAACAAGAUGCCAUCAUUAACCUGGAAAGCUGCAAGCCUCUAUACGACUUGGGUACUUUUCCAGGUAGUUUUGUACGUGCUUCCUGACUUAGUCCACAAGUUAAUUCCCUGCUAUCGAGGAGGAUUGCAAGAAGGCGCAGUGACACCUGCAGGUGUUACACUCAACUAUGAGAUCAAUGGACUUCAAGCCUGGCUUAUCACACAUGCAUUGUGGUUUGCAAAUGCAUACCACUUCCACUGGUUCUCACCCACUAUCAUUUUUGACAACUGGAUUCCACUCCUAUGGUGUGCAAAUAUCCUGGGCUAUGCAGUAUCUAUAGUUGUAUUUGUGAAAGCCUACUUGUUCCCUACUAACGCAAAAGACCGCAAAUUCACUGGUAACUUCUUCUAUGACUUCAUGAUGGGUAUUGAAUUUAAUCCUCGUUUAGGGAAAUGGUUUGACUUCAAACUGUUUUUCAAUGGUCGCCCAGGCAUUGUAGCGUGGACUAUUAUUAACCUCUCCUAUGCAGCUAAACAAAAGGAAUUGUAUGGUCAAGUAACAAAUUCUAUGAUUCUCAUCAAUGUCCUGCAGGCUGUAUAUGUCUUAGACUUUUUCUGGAAUGAAGCCUGGUAUUUGAAAACUAUUGACAUCUGCCACGAUCAUUUUGGAUGGUACCUAGGCUGGGGAGACUGUGUUUGGCUUCCUUACACCUAUACUCUGCAGGGAUUAUACUUGGUCUACCACCCUGUUCAGCUUUCCACAGGUAACGCAGUUGGGAUUCUGCUUUUGGGACUAGUGGGCUACUAUUUCUUCAGAAUGACCAAUCAUCAGAAAGAUCUCUUCCGUCGCACUGAUGGCAACUGUAAAAUCUGGGGGACAAAGCCUAAAUAUGUUGAAUGCUCCUAUAUGUCAGCUGAUGGAACCAAACAUUAUAGCAAAUUGUUAAUUUCAGGAUUUUGGGGAGUGGCCCGCCAUUUUAACUAUACAGGAGACUUAUUGGGGUCUCUGGCAUACUGCCUAUCUUGUGGCUUUGAACAUAUCCUACCUUAUUUCUACAUUAUUUACAUGACUAUUCUUCUGGUCCACCGCUGUAUUAGGGAUGAACACAGAUGUUCCAGCAAGUAUGGCAAGGACUGGAAGCGGUAUUGUGAAAUAGUACCUUAUCGGCUAUUUCCAGGUGUUUUUUAAAUUCCUAACCUUGGAUGCUGGGCAUAAAGAAUAUGUUUGGAGCUCACCCCACUUUUUUCAACAAGUUUUGGACACCUCCAAAUAAUAUGACAUCAGCAGUAUCAUAUCAUUUGGCUAUUUAAAUGGACAAGAUUCAAAACUCAAGACUCUUAUUUUUUAAAAUGUGAGGGGUGAGUUUCUUAUAACAAUAUUUUCUUUGUUGCUGAUUUGCCCACCCCCACCCAUCACACAAAACCCCUAACUGAAGAUCAGUGGAGUCUACCAACUGAGAUGUCUCUUGCUCCAGCUCCACCAUAAUGAAUGCAAGGUGUACACAAGCUAAAGUGGUCUCUCACAACUGUUUGUUUGCACUGUAGUUUAUACAGUGGCGAUUCCUGGUUGCUUAAGUCCAAGCUUCACUGCUCUCAGAGGAAAGGGAAUCAGAGUUAUGGGUUAUUUAAUGAACACAGAUUCAGGUUCAGUAGCUGUGUUGGUCUGAAGCAUCAGAACAGAGUUUGAGUUCUGUGGCAUCUUUUGGUCCUAAAGGUGCCACUGGACUCAAACUUUGUUUUAAUGAACACAGUUAAUCUUACAUUAUUACAAGAUGAUGUGGUUCUCAGAAAGGCAUAUUUUAGUUGAUGCAUAUACCCCUGAGUUUCCAUUGCAAAAAAAAAAUCAAUGAUAGAAUUUUAUUUUCCCUAAUCAUCUGAACAGUAGGGUAGGGUAUGACUGUACUGGUUCAAUUGUUGAUGUUUUUUUAAAAAAAACUUAUGAAGCAAACAGCAAGCAGGAUAACCACUAUCAAUUGUAUUUAUUUUUGCAUUCUGGAAAACAAAUAGGGGUGGUUUGUUGUUGUUUUGCAUGCUGGGAUACUCUCCUCAGUUUCUAGCCUGAACUUGUGUCUUACAAGCUUGCUGUUUACUGCCUUUCACUUUGUAUGCACAAGUCCUCUUUCAUACAACCACCUUCAUAUAUUUUAAAUGAGGAUGGCAGCACCUCUGUCUAGCUUUUUAAAAAUGCUCUGAUGUGAUUGUUUUCAACAAAAAAAAAUCCUACAUCCCUAUAGAGUGUUGAUCAAUCUACAAAAAAAUACCACAUGAGAAUGUUUAACUUAAACUGUGGUUGAAAAAGAACCGUUUGCAAAAAUGGAAACUGAAGGCCAUUUUGAAACAACAGUGGCCUGAUAGCUGCCUUAAAAUGGGUCUUGUAUUUAAAUUUGUACUUGUAAAAUUUUGGGGGGUGUUAGUUAAGAGGUUUUAUAAUAACAUGAUAAAGACCAUAAAACAUAGAAGGAGUUAGUUUACCAUUCUGAGAACUAGAUUCUUGGUUUACUAGGAAGCACCUAAACUGAUCUGUUUAUGCAGGUUUUUUUCACCUUAAGAUUCUUCUUUUAUGUGAAGUUCCACAGUCCAGACUUGGGAAGACCUAGCUAGGAUCUGAGAUAGUGGGCAUCAAAUACAGAUAUUUUCUAGAGCUUUCUAAUUCAUCAAGCAGACUGCUUGAAAUGGAUCAAAUCUAAAGGAAGGUUCAUUUGCAGCAGAUACAACUCUAGGCCAGGGGUGGCCAAUGGUAGCUCUCCAGAUGUUAUUUUGCCUUCAACUCCCAUCAGCCCCAGCCAGCAUGGCCAAUGGCUAGGGCUAAUGGGAGUUGUAGGCAAAAAAAAAAAAUCUGGAGAGCUACCGUUGGCCACCCCUGCUCUAGGCUAUAAUGUGAACCUAAGAGCUAGCUAUACACAAAGGGGAAAUGUGUACAUUUUAAAAAGUUAAAGAUCCAACCUGUAUUCUGCCUUCACCAACUUUGAUUACAGUUAAAACUGCAAUGUUUUGUACUCACUUUGAAUGCAGUAGGUUGGAAUGGAGUGUUCAUAAUUCUGAAUUCAAAAGAGGGAACAAGAAGAAAGGAUGUAAAUACAGUUAAUUUAAUUGCCAACUGGUUCGUCCGAUUUUACCUAUGACCAUGUUUUAAUAAAACACAAUUUGCCUUCAUAAA